AUGUCUCGAGGACAAGGCAGAGCUGCUGUCACGCUGUCAGGAAGUCCUGACACCGAACUAAUGGUAGGCGGAGAUUAUAGCUGGCUGUCAUAUACGCUGGGAUUGUCCAAUCCUCCACUGACAUCUGCUUCCAGGCCGACCAAUGGCUUCCCAGAACGCAGAUACCAUCAUACUGCCCAGAUGGCCGAAGGAUUACACGGUCGAUGUCUCAUUUCCAUUGUCUUCCGAUGUCACCUUUUCCGCAUCAUCAUCCCGCAUAACGAACCUGGAGGUUCUGCCGAAAAGAAAAUUAAAUACAGAAACCGAAAGGUGACCAGCUAUGACAGCGCUCCUUUCAUGAGGGCGAGCGAACUGAAGCGAAGAGAGCGCCCGCCAUUACCGGAGGCUCCUCGGAGGAAGAGUACACAAUGCGACAAAGAGCCAAGAGACGGUCAGAAGUGCACCUGGCGUCCUCCGGUUCCCUUGAGAACUGCCGCCUGUAAAAGGAGCAAGUGUAGCGUUACCAUCGCUCCUGCUCUGGAACAGUCCAGGGUAUCCGUCAGCUUAAUGGGUCAUAGUCCCGCUACAGCACGAUCUAUUAGAGCUAUGGAGAGGAUACGUGAAGUGGAAAGGGAAAAGAAGAACACGUACGAUAAAUGUAUCCCUUUCCUAAAAGAGAAAUUCCGUGAGACCUUCGGAGAGAGAGAGUUCACCGUGAGAGGCCUCUGGUUUGGGUCUCGCGGAACUAUCCCAAAAAGAACAAGGAGCUUCCUCGAGGAACUAGGUGUCGACAUUAAGGAAUAG